UACGAGCCAUCGUGUGGUGCCACCACAAUAAACAGUCCUGAUAUAACAACUGUUACAUGUGACAGUACAGCCAGAUACAUCACUCUCUACCGGGAAAUAUCAAACAAUAACAGUGAAAGCACAAUGGACUUUUGUGAAGUAGAAGUGUAUGUCUGUGAUGCUGGCACUUUCGGUGAUGACUGCAGCCAGUUCUGUCACUGUCGAGAUGGACCGUGUAACUACACAAAUGGAUACUGUAUAGGAGGAUGUAAGCCAAACUGGACUGGCACGAACUGUAAUGAUUGUGAUUCCAGUCACUAUGGUGACUUAUGCAGUAAGCAAUGUUCCAGUAGACAUUGUGACGAAACAACCGGGGUAUCAUCUUGUGACGUCAGAGGGUCAUGCGACAGGGGAUGUGACCCAGGAUGGAAGGGAACAGACUGUCUGGAACAGUGCCCUGAUGGUCAAUACGGAAAAGCUUGUGGAAAAUCGUGUGCGGACCGGAAAUGUCUGGAUAGCUCCAGUUCCUGUGAUCACGUGACUGGGAAGUGUGUCAGCGGUUGUCAACGAGGAUAUCAGUAUGUUGAUUGUACCGAGCUUUGUUCUGUUGGAACAUAUGGCUACAACUGCAGCGAGUCAUGCGAUGAUCGACACUGCAGUGGUAAUCAAAACUGUGACAGAUAUUUUGGUAACUGUACUCGGGGCUGUCUGAGUGGCUGGAAAUUGACAGACUGCACAGUUGGAUGUACAGGGACAUAUGGCCCAGGAUGCAGUUCGUCAUGCAGCGCCAGACACUGUAAAGCUGAUGACGCACCAUGUGACCACGUAACUGGUUCAUGUGAUGGACCGUGUGAUGCUGGUUGGCAAGGAGAUACAUGUACUGACGAAUGUGACACUGGUAAAUACGGUGAUAACUGUGCCAUGUUCUGCGCGAUCAGAAACUGCGUCAAUAAAGAUGUCUGUCCUCGUAAAGACGGAAAGUGUGUAAGUGGAUGUAUCUCUGGAUUUGAAGGACUGGACUGCUUGCGAGCCCAAGCUGUCACUUCCAACAGUGAUUCCACCACCAUUGCCGUUUCCGUUGUGGCGGGAGUGCUUUUUGUAUUGUUGAUCAUAGUGACGAGUGUUUUAUUCUGGCACCUCAAAGGUCAUAAAGUGAAGUCGGACUCGUAUCAACAAGAGAUGAGAAAAAUAAACACAAACCCACCCAGCCAAACUACAGACCCCAGCGCUGUAGAAUAUGAAAUCUUCGAUGGACAAGAUGGCGGCCACAACAGUCCAAGAGCUUUCAGUUCUCAACAAGUCGACACAUCCAGUUUAGCCAAUUAUGGCAAUUCAUGGAUGUCACGUGAUGAAAUGGAUGCCCAGCCGAGACAUUCUGAGAGUGGGGGUGGCUAUGUUAAUGCAGGGCAAACAAAUGAGUACGAAAAGCUUGAAUUAUUCAACCCACCACAGAAUGACUAUGAUAGGAUAACUGGUGUUUAGACAACUGGGAGAUUACGGAGUAAUACUACAAAAUUUAUUAUAUUAGCUGUAGGAUAUUUUGUUUUUAGGUAGAGGGUGCAAUGUGAAGAACUGGCACCUUAGGUAUUGCAAAGUACCCUGACGUGCAUUUUAUAGAUGGUUUUCAUGAUAUUUUGAAAUUGUGUGGAGAGGUGCGCACACCCAACAACCCCCCCCCCCCCCCCCCCCCCCUAGAUCCGCGCCUGAUUAAACGGCUAUUCUUAGUGAGUACAAACUGCAGGAACAUCGAAUUUCCCCGAGGAAAACAGCGUGAAGUCUUCCGAAAGGAUGAAUAGAUAUUGUAAAGGAAUUAAUGGGCAUGUUAUGUAACUUUUUUUCUAAUUUGAGAUAUUCGACCAGUGUAAUACAAUAUUCAUAUUCAACGGGGACAAAGUGACUGGAACGAACACCAUUUUUUAUUUAGAAGUCACAUUAUUUCCCACUGAAUUACAGUUACUAUGAGUGUGUUUUUCAUACCUGUAUAUGAUACAGUCAAUGUCUAAAAUCUGUCAAUUUGUAAAAUGCCUGAAAUUUCCAGUCAUUUUAUAAAUUGCCUGGAAAAUGAGCCCCUUUAUUUGACAGACUAACUGAAAUGAGUAAGAUGAAAGAAAAAUGAAAAUAAUAUAUACUUUUAAUUAUUUAUUUAGACAGAAUGAAGGGCAAUAGAGACAAAAUAUCUUGUUGAUACAUCUAUAUCUGCAUCUAAACAGACUUGAAGAAAACAGGAAAAACGUUUGAUGAAAGGUCAUCAGAAAAGUGAAUCUUUUGAUUCAAACACAAUUAUCUAGUAACUGUAGAAUAAAAUAACAAUUUGUAGACCAGCAAACUUACAUAAUUAUUUAAACAAAUUAUUGAAAAUAAAAACGUUUCUUAACGAAAUUCGAUAAAUUGUAUUCGCCAAAUCUAUAUUUUGUACACCCUUCUGUUAAAAUGCGAUUUUAAUCUAAAGUGUGUUUGUAUUUGCCGGUACGGGGAGGGAGAGCGGGGACGUUUCCCAGUGGUAAAACGAUUGCCUGAUGCGCGUACGAAACAGGAUCGAUUAUCGAGAAAAUAUGAACAUGUUUCCGUGUUGUAAUUGAGUUGUGUAUGAUCAACUCUCCUUUUUGUACCAUUUUAUCUGCAUAGUUUAAUAGCAAUUUAGGUGACGGAGCGAAUUCCUGUGAAAACACGCUUGCCUGAUGCGUACACUGUCUAUGACAAAUAUGAACUAUCUUUCUGUGCUGUAGAAAGAAAGAAAGAAAUGCUUUAUUUAACGACGCACUCAACACAUUUUAUUUACCGUUAUAUGGCGUUAGACAUAUGGUUAAGGACCACACAGAUUUUGAGAGGAAAC